AUGAAGCAGGGACCUCAGCUGGGCCUGAGGGCACCAGGAGUCUCCGUUCGGCCAGGACGAGCCCCCUACGUGGUGGGGCACAACUUAAUAAAGGCCCACGCGGAAGCCUGGCACCUCUACAAUGAGACCUUCCGGGCAAAGCAAGGAGGGUUAAUCUCCAUCACCAUCAACUCUGACUGGGCAGAACCAAGGAACCCACACAACCAGGAGGACGUCGAAGCCGCCAGACGGUACUUGCAGUUUCUCCUAGGUUGGUUUGCUCAUCCCAUUUUCAAAAAUGGGGAUUAUAAUGAAGUGAUGAAGAAGAGGAUUCGGGAACGCAGUCUGGCUCAGGGUCUCAAGAAGUCCCGCCUUCCAGAAUUUACUGAAAGUGAAAAGCAAAGAAUUAAAGGCACGUACGACUACUUUGGGCUAAAUCACUACACCACAGUUCUAGCAUACAACUUGAACUACCCUGCUGGCGUGAUGUCCUAUGACUCUGACAGGGGUGUAGCCUCAGUGAGCGACCGCAGCUGGCUCAACUCGGGUUCUGCCUGGCUAAAGGUGACACCCUUUGGCUUCCGAAAGCUCCUGAGAUGGAUAAAGGAAGAGUACAAUGACCCCCCCAUUUACGUGACUGAAAACGGGAUCUCGGAAAGGGGAGCCUUCAACUUCAACGACACUUGGCGCACGCAUUACCAUCGGAGCUACAUUAACGAAGCGCUGAAAGCCGUUGUGCUGGAUGGUGUCGACUUGCGAGGCUACACCGCGUGGACGCUGAUGGACAACUUCGAGUGGGCAGUGGGCUUUGAUGAAAGGUUCGGGUUCUACCACGUGAACUUCACAGACCCCAACUUGCCGCGGCGCCCCAAGGCCUCCGCCAGGUUCUACUCACAGAUCAUCAACUGCAAUGGGUUUCCAGACCCAGCAACGGGCUCACAUCCCUGUCUGGAACCGGAGCCUGAAGGGACAGUGGCACCAACAGACACGGCCCCAGCCCCGGCUGAGAGCGUGCACUUUUUGGGACUGGAGUUAACAUCACAUAGUGCAGAAACAGGGCUGUACGUGCAAUUUGCUCUUUGUGUGGUUGUGGUGUUGGUCUUGGCUCUUCUUGCAUAUAAGUAUGGAAAAUUAUCCAAAAGAUCCCGUAAACGAAAACACAUGGAACUUCAUAAACUGUAAAAUUUUCACUUGCUAGUGUCUGUUUGGUUUGUUUUUUAUCAAAAAAGCCUACAGCACUAGGAAAAGAAACCUGCUUGUACUACUGCAACUGUGUCUUGCCUCAGAGAUGGCUCCUCAUCAUCUUGUUGUUUGCUUACCAAGUUUAAAAUACAAAAGAAAUUUUUUUGCUAUGGUAAUGGUCUCUUUUGUCCCCAGGUGUUAUUAAUUUGUUUUCUUAAAGACAAAAAUAAAAUUGUGUGUUUCUAUCUGCAUAAGGAUUCUUAGCUGGGACUUUUUACCUGUUCUCUUUUCAUCUCCCCUUGGAUGAUGUAGGGCUUUCUGAGGGCUGCUUCUUAGAGCUUUUAAGACAAGUCAGUGUCUAUACUGGGCUAGGAGAAUGUAUACUGUUCUAUUGCAGCUACUGUACAGAUUGUGUGUGUCCCCUGCAGCUUUCCUUUUAAGUGGCCCUAGUACUCUGCCUUCACGUUUGACCAGAGUGCAAUACUUAAUUAAAUCUCCUUUAACUAGGAAUCCGAAGCAGCACAGAACCUGUAACAUUCAGGUCUCUAACAGGAGG